ACAUCUGGACCUGUGUGAACUGCGCGUGAGUUGGUUAUUGAAGUCGCCCCGAGGGCGUUUUGCGUUUCCGCAACUCGACUGGGCAACGGAGCAACACGGAACUCGAGCCAGAAAAUUUCCACUCGGAAGGCUUCGCGAUGGCGUCCCGGGGCUGCCUGUACGCCACGCGCUACCUCAUCAUCAUCUUCAAUGUCAUCUUCUUUCUGCUGGGCUUGAUCAUAAUGGGCUUUGGCCUGUGGAUCGUAUACGACCAGCAAAGCUUUAUCAACACCGUAGUAAUUGACGGCAACGUUGAACUCACCAUUCCAGCGUAUGCCCUUGUUGGCAUAGGCAGCAUCACGUGCCUGGUGUCACUCUUUGGCUGCUUGGGUGCCAGCAAGGAAGUGCGCUGUCUACUGGCUGUGUACUUUAUAUGUCUGGUGGGAUUGCUCGUGGCCCAAGUGGCGAUAGGGACUGUUGUUUACAUCAACAAGGAGAAAAUCAACAACAAGCUCAACGGCGUCGCAUUUAACAUCAUCAAAUCCUAUUGGAAUUUGAGCACAGAGGAUCCCCUGCACACAUGGAGACUGUGGGACAGCAUCCAGCAGAAGUUCAACUGCUGUGGACUGAACGGCACAGAAGACUGGAAGGACAACGUCUACAUUUGUGACCAGGCAACAUACCCGGAUAUCACCUAUCCCUGCAGCUGCUUCAACAACAGUAGUUCCGUCCAGAAAGACCACAAUAACACGCAGUUUUGCAUCUCGUCGCCUACAUUUGCUAUUGCCGAGCAGGGGUGCGAAAUGCACAUCAAGGAUUGGCUGCAAGCCAACAUGUCUGUCAUCCUCGCAGUCUGCGUGGCCAUUGCAGUGUUUGAGUUGUUGGUGCUGCUCCUCUCCUGUCUGCUCUACAAGAACAUAUCACCUGGGUACAAGCAGGCAGGAAUAUAAAGACCUGAGUACACACCACCAUGCAUCCCAUUACACCAUGCACCCCAUCUGUAAUAACUGCUUGAAUACACGUGCACAAAUCACACCCCGCUCUACCCAGGGCUUAAUUUCUCACUGAAUUUGUUCUGGGUCCCUGGUAAAAAUGGAGGAGUCAGCUAAGAGGUAUACUGGAUGUCCGGAAAUAUUCCGUGUCAUUGACCCAGACAGACCCAACAGAUAUUAAGCCCGGUCUCUACACUGGAUAUGCACACAUGAAUGCACACACGUACAUUCUCUUGCUGUAGCCACACACACACAACUUUCUCACUUGUAGUCACGCAACAUUCACAUGCACUCCUUCCUGCACACAUGCACAGAUCAUUACAUCUUAUAUACAUAUCUUCCUCUUUCUGUACAAUGCUCAUGUACUUUUAUUCUUCAUUUAGCCUUAAAGUCUGGAGGGACAAAUGUUGUGAGUGUGAACAGUGCAAAGACAUUCAUUAUAUACACACAACGUGUCUUUGCCUGCAAAAUAACUUCAGAUCCCGUGAAAAGCUUUACGCAUUGAUGGUAAAAUUGCUGUUUGCAUGGUUCUAAUAAGGCCUGCAAAGUACAUGAGGUGAUACAUCAAACGUCAUGCAUGUGGGGGCCACAUUCUCCUCCCCAGCUCUGGUGUUUGUGAACGUAAUCCGGACGGUACUUAAUUUAAAAUGAGGCAACCGAGCAGACGCGCACACCAGCACUUGGUGCGUAUGAUGCAAAUAAAACAGAAAUGGAAACCAGGUCAUUGGGAUUAUAGCUCAACCCACGUUUAUGCCUACCGGUUCUAUCUGGGCCAAAACCUUUACUGGUGCCUGAACAAGCUUUUGUGUUUAGUUUGUUGUCCUUCCCCCGCACUUCCGACUAGCAUGGUUGGCUACGUACAGUGCGAAAGAAGUUCAACCUACAUACUACUGUACCCGAGCUCAGCUGAGCCAGACCAAGUUAGAUCCCCUGGGUCAUCCAGCCUCAUUCUCUCACAUUCCCAUGUAUCACUCCCUACGCUUCCUCAAUUUACCUCACCUUGCCCCUGGUGGGUGGUGGUGGCGGUUCAGACGCAAUCUUAAUGAAUAUUUUCGAGAAAUCUAAUGUACCCAUAGUUUGUGGUGAGGAUAUUUAAGUAUACAUCUAAUUUUAUUUGGGGUGAAGUGGUGGCGCAGUGGUUAUAGCACAUCGCGCAAUGUACUUUACUUGCGUCUCGAGUUGAAUUCCUCUCGAUAGUUAACACAGGUGGUGAGUGAUAGAUGAUCCAGUCCUGAACUCUUGCCCCCUUUGCCAACCCACUCUGGCCAGCAUGGUGAUGUUAUCGAUUGAUGAAGGGCUGUAAAUCAUCAUCUGCUUUAAAAUUUUCCACUGUACAGUUAACACCAGUACUCUUGCUGGUUGAGUGAGGUUGGUGAUAUUAUGGCAUGCGUUUUGUUUACAUCUGAUGACAACAGAAUCGACCAGCUGACAAUGGUAGUGUCUUCCAAAAAUGCGGUCUGCGGCUUACUUGGACUACCGUGCGGGGAUAGACUGCUCUCAGGCCUAUUCACCGACAUUAGUUAUGGAAACAAAGCAUUAAUGUAGCAUUAAUUGCACACUAAUUAAAUAGUAAACUAACGCUCUUGAGGUUUAUCACUUGUGUUAAGAUCCUGUAGACAAUGCCAUAGAAAUGUGCCUUAAGAUUGAACUUUCCCAGCACUCUGUGAAUUUACACAGUUGAUGCUUGUUAUGAGCCUCGUGUGCCUGCGUUUGUGCCACAGUAUAUAGUGAUACACAUUGUAGACUUUUUAAAGCCAAUCUUAGAUUUUGCACAAAUUUUUAUUUCGUUUUACAAAUAUAUUUUUAAACGUGAUUUUAUUAUACUGCUUGUUUUAUUGAAGCACUUUGCCAAUCUUUGUCAGAAAUGGCAUUGUUUUGAUUGUACUGAAUAAAGUUUUUAAUCCUAA